AAGCUGCUUUCACUUCCUGCUGCUUUGUCCUCUUCCCCCUGCAGGGAUGGAGAACCAGACAGAGGUGAGCGAGUUCAUUUUCCUGGGCCUCACCAAUGUGAGGAGUCUUCAGUGUUAUCUCUUUACCCUCUUCCUGCUGCUCUACAUGGCCAGCAUUUUGGGAAAUGGAGCCACUGUGGCUGUGAUAUUGGCCGAGCCCCGGCUUCACACCCCCAUGUACUUCUUCCUGGGAAAUCUCUCCAGCCUAGACAUCUUCUACUCCACAGUCACUGUGCCCAAGAUGUUGGCCGGCUUCCUCUCAGGGCACCAGACCAUCUCCUUCACCAGCUGCCUGUCACAGCUCCAUUUCUUCCAUUUCCUGGGCAGCAGCGAGGCCAUGCUGCUGGCUGUCAUGGCCUAUGACCGUUACGUGGCCAUCUGCAAUCCACUGCGCUACACACAAGUCAUGAGCCCACAGGCCUGCCUGCUGCUGGCAGGAGUCACCUGGGCCACUGGCUUCAUGCAUGCCCUGAUGCACACGGUCAUGACCUCUCGGUUGCACUUCUGUGGCCCCAACCAUAUCCUCCACUUCUUCUGUGACAUCAAGCCCCUGCUGAGCCUGGCCUGCAGCAGCACCCGCCUCAACCUGAGCCUCCUCCAAAACGUCACUGGGAUUAUCGGUGUGAGUCUAUUCAUCAUCACGCUCCUCUCCUAUCUCUACAUCAUCACCUUCCUCUUCCUGAAGGUCCAAUCAUGGGAAAGCAGGAGGAAGGCCUUCUCCACUUGCACCUCGCACCUCACCGUGAUAGCACUGUACUAUGGGACAGCGAUCUUUGCCUACUUGCGUCCUUCCUCAGGAAGCUCCAAGGGCAAAGAGAUGAUCAUCACCCUACUGUAUAGUGUCAUCACCCCAGCUCUGAAUCCCCUCAUAUACACCCUGCGGAACAGUGAGGUGAAAUACGCCACCAGGAAAUUCAUCACUAGAAAACUCUUCCUUGAAAGGAACUAAAUAAAAUGACUGCUUCUUGUUUUGAAGUGAAAAGGAGAGAUGUUGACCAGGAGAAUUAUAAUGUAGGGGAUCUAUCUUCAAUAUUCC